AUGAAACGAAUUGUAUUGUUAAACAUAUUUGUGUAUAUACACAUUUGCAACUGAUUCUGUGAAAGAUUUUGAUUUCUUAACUUAAAGCAAUUAUGGAAAAAAAGUGUUAAAAGAAUAAUAGCUAGUUCUGAAAUCUAGUUAAAGUAAUUAUAUAAAUAAUUUACAAGACCCUGUUGAUUUGAUUAUUAAUUUAAAUCAUUUUGAAUCUGAGCUUGUGAUGGAUAGUGAAAAGACUAUGAAAGAGUAUUAGACAAUCUAUACAAGCAGUAUAAAUAUUCAAAAUUUAUAAAAUAGAUAUUGAAAGAAAGUAAGCAUUAAAAUAAAAGAUAUUCUUAUCAAAAUAUCAAUUACAAAAUGUUGGUGAAGAACUUACUAUUGUAACAAAAGAGAAAGAAUUUUCAGAAAAAAUAUAUGAAGAAAGAAAAAAAUUCUUAACAGAAGAAAAUAAAUUUGUUCCUUAAAUGUAAGCUAUUCGUAAUGAUGAAGUAUUAUAAUAAAUUUUAUUAUUAGGUUGAUAAACUAUAAACUUUAAAAAAAGAAAUAAACCAAACAUCUAAGUCAUUAACUAAUUUUAAUAAUAAUUUUAAGGUUUAGCUCAUUUCUUAGCAAAAAAUCCAGAUUUAAGUGAAUCACCAGCAUUCUUAGCUAAUAAUAAAUAGAAUGAUGAAUUAAAUAAGUUUAAAUUAAUGUGCAAUGAUAUAAGAAAUGAAUUAGAUACUGUUGUGAUUGAUAACCCUUACACUUUAGUCUUAUGUAUUUUCACAUUUUAAGACAUAAGUUUCAUUGAAGCCAUUAUUGGCUCCUGAAAAUGCUCAUUUGAUUGAAGAGGUUCCUUAACUAUUAAAAACUUUGAAUCUUGCUUUAGAAUCAAGUUCUGAAGAAAUUGAAGCUGUAAGUAAUGAGAGAUAAGAAUUGUUUAAUAUUGAAAAAAAUGAACUUAAAAAAGAUGUAGAUAAAAGAUCUGCGGAAGUAAAUUAAUUAUUUUAUUAAAUAGUAUAAUUAAAUUAAAUAAAUAUUUGAAAGAUCAUCUGUUGAUUUAGAUAAAUUAACAAAUUAAUAAGCUGAUUUGAAAAAAAAGAUUGCUUAAUUAUAGACAGAAUAAGAACAAUUAUAAUCUGAUAUGGAAGGAUAAUAAGUAUUAAUAUUAUUUAAUAAAAUAGAGAGAAUAUAGAAAUAAAUUAAAGAAUAAUUUAGCAAAUUUAGUUUUGAUUAGGAAAAUUAAGUAGAUUUAUUUUAUAAUUAAUCUAAUAAAUAAUAUAAUUGUGAUUCAUGAGCCAUAGCACUAAAUUGAAAUUAUAAUGGAAUGCAUCUUACUAUUUAAUAGAGAAUUAUUAAUAUGGAUUAAUAAUAUUGUGAUAAAGUUUAGGUUAAUUUAUUAAAUGGAUAUUUUAAAUAACAAAUGGAAAUCAUUUAAACUGAUAAUAAUUCAAAGCAACUUAUUGGAGGAAUAUAUAAUAAAGAUGAACUUAUAAUUGCUUAAUGGGGUGGUAAUGUAAUAUUUAAGAGAAAAAACUAAAUGGAUGUUAAAAUUAAUACAUUCUGUGUUGGUAAUAAAUAUGUUUAUUUUUAAGGUCUUUUAAGGAUCUCAGAUGAUAAAUAUUUAUGCUUUACAAGCAAAAAUCAAUUAUUACAAAUUAAUGAAGAUAGAAAGAUUGAAUAAAUAGAUUAACAAGAUAGUCUUUAUUUUGUAUGCAAUUUCUAUUUGAAAACUUGUCUUUUUAUUCACAAUACAAUAUAAUAAUAAAGAUUUUUAUGUCUUUGGAAUAUGUUAACCUAAUAGAAAUCCAAAUAUGAACAUAUCAGCAGUAUUACAAGUGUAAUGGCUGCUGAUGAUGGCAUUUGGUUUGGAGAUAAGGAUGGAUAUUUGAAUUUUAUUACUUAUAAAUUAAAGCUUCAGAAACGUGUGAAAAGUAUAUAAAUCUAUUAUGUCAUAGUAUUUUAGAAUUAAAUCUCCAAAAUUUAAAUUAUAAACAAGAAAAUAUAUUGUACUUCAUAAAAUUAACUUAAACUAUUUUUUUCAGAUUAAGUUAUCUUAAUUUCUACUUUCGAUAGUGAAAUUAGCUGUAUUGGUGCAUUUAAAAACAAAUUGAUAUUAGGAACAACAAAUGGAUAGUUAAUGAUUUAAGAAAAUUAGAAGAAUUUUGCUAAACAUUAGAUACAUGCUAGUUCCAUUACAAGUUUCUCUAUUAAUGAUACUCAAAUUGUAACUACAAGCUGUGAUCGAACUGCUAAAAUAAUUCAAUUAAGAACUGAAUGA